UACCGACGUUACAUAUUCGUCAAAUGUAUAUUUAGGCGGUUCUUUCGCUUACUUAAGAGUGGAGCUAGGGGACUUCAUGGCAUUCAUCGCCGCCGGAAACAUAAUCCUCGAAUACGUAGUCGGCGGAGCUGCCGUGGCUCGAUCAUGGACCUCUUACUUCGCCACUCUUUUGAACCAUAAACCUGACGACUUCCGCGUCAUAGUUCCCCGUCUUGGCGAAGACUAUAGCCACUUAGAUCCAAUCGCCGUCGGAGUUUGCGUGAUCAUUUGCGUUUUAGCAGUCCUUGGCACAAAAGGAUCCUCAAGAUUUAAUUACAUCGCUUCUAUAAUCCACAUGGUCGUGAUUCUCUUUGUUGUUAUCGCGGGAUUUACUAAAGCCAACCUAAAAAACUACAGCGAUUUCACUCCGUAUGGCGUUAGAGGAGUGUUUAAAUCCGCGGCGGUUCUUUUCUUUGCCUAUAUUGGAUUUGAUGCUGUUUCGACGAUGGCUGAGGAGACCAAAAAUCCAGGGAGAGAUAUUCCUAUUGGUCUUGUUGGAUCGAUGGUGGUUACCACGGUUUGUUAUUGUCUCAUGGCGGUUGCGUUGUGUCUCAUGCAACCGUAUAGCCAGAUUGAUCCGGAUGCGCCAUUCUCGGUUGCUUUUUCGGAUGUUGGAUGGGAUUGGGCUAAGUACAUUGUCGCGUUUGGUGCCCUUAAAGGUAUGACGACGGUUUUGUUAGUUGGAGCCAUUGGUCAAGCUAGGUACAUGACGCACAUUGCCCGGACCCAUAUGUUGCCUCCAUGGCUAGCUCAAGUCAACGCAAAGACCGGAACACCGAUUAACGCUACCGUGGUAAUGCUCGCAGCGACAGCUCUCAUAGCCUUCUUCACAAAACUGAGAAUUUUAGCCGAUCUCUUGUCUGUUUCGACACUUUUCAUCUUCAUGUUCGUUGCUGUGGCUCUUCUCGUCAGAAGAUAUUACGUCACCGGAGAAACAUCUUCUCGUGACCGUAACAAGUUUUUAGUGUUCUUAGGUUUGAUUUUUGCGUCCUCAACCGCGACUGCUGUAUAUUGGGCCUUGGGAAAAGAAGAUUGGAUUGGAUAUUGCGUUUCGGCUCCGAUAUGGUUUUUGUCUACAGUUGGGAUGAAAUUUCUUGUACCGCAAGCUAGGGCCCCGAAAGUUUGGGGUGUUCCUUUGGUCCCGUGGUUGCCUUCAGCUUCGAUCGCUAUUAAUAUAUUUCUUCUUGGUUCGAUCGAUGUCAAAUCUUUCAUUAGGUUUGCAAUCUGGACAGGUAUUCUGCUUGUAUAUUACGUCUUGUUUGGGUUGCACGCGACGUAUGAUACAGCUAAGGCGACGUUGAAGGAGAAGAUGGCGUUGCAGGAAGCUGAGGAAGGUGGUGUUGUUGCUGAUAAUUCUGGUGGUACAACUUUAGAUCACUAGUGUUUUUAAAAGAUAUUGGCUUUGGCUUUCCAUUUUUAUUAAGUUGUCAGAUUCUUCAUUUCUUUAAUUAGGGUUCUCUCACAUAUUGUAAUGUCUUUUGGCUUGUCUAAAUUUUCAAUAUGUUAAUAGAUUUUUCAUCAUCAAAACAUGCAUUAGGUCUGGUUUUAUAUCCGACACACAUUCGUGUUGUAUGCAUUGGCGGAUGUACGCUGGU